AUGUCAGCUUAUUUUACAUUUAAUUUACCAGGAAAUCAAUCUUUCCACACCUCCGAUGACACCCUAGAAGCCGAUGUUUCAUGCACACCCUCUCCCACGUGUCAAAUCGAGGAUCGUCCUCAAAUUUUGAGUGUAAUUGAAGUUCCUGCAUCUCCUAUUUUUGCUCCAGGGGCAUCUGAACAAACACAGGUCCAGCUUUUAAGUGAAGUUAGAAAACUGGCAGGUGAGGUGGUAGCCAUAAAGUUACUGCUGCAGCAGUUUAUAGCAAAAACUGAAGUCUCCCUCACCUGUAUAGUGGAGAAAAUUUGCCAAAAUGUCGGCCGAGAAAUUGUGGCGGAUCACCUCCUGGAGGAAUUGUCGCCUCUCACAACACCACAGGAGCUGGAUGAGAUGGAGCAAAGGCUACCGCAGGACCUUCAAUUUAAAAGAAAUUUGAUUCUUAAGUUGUCUACAUUCGGGGGGGUGAAUGCUGUCAAAACACUUAGAACAAUAGCAAAGUUAUUGUCUAAGGAUGAGCUGCUAUCACUGUUCACGUGGAAUGGAACAUACAAUAAAAAAUGUUUCCACCACAAUCAUUCCAUUUUUUCGGCCAUUGUGGAGGCGGUGAGGGUUCGAUUCUCCAAUUUUACGGAUGUGGAGGGCGCCACAUUUUUUAAAAAUUGAAUUAAACAUGCACCUUUUCGCAUGAACAAGCCCCAACUCAAUAAAUCAGCUUCAUCAUCAUUAUCGGCAGCUGCACCAUCAUCAGCAUCACCAUCAUCAGUAUCACCAUCAACAGCUCCACCACCAUCUACACCACCAACAACAACUAUAAACAAAAACUAAGAUAAAUUCUUAUUUUAUUCUUAUUCUUUUUUUAUA